CCUCUUUUUCUGCUUUUAUGGACUACGAUACAAUCGACUACUAUUUUGAUGAUAUUGAAAGCUUUUAUGCUGGUAAACAUAAGACUUGAUAAAAUACAUGUAUCUCAUAGCCUAGAAAGAACUGGAUGAGGUAUUGAAUCACCCAUACUCUACUGAACAAGAUGUGCAGCGAAUCACAACACACUAUAUCAAAUUCCUAGUACGAUACCAAGGUAUCUAUUCUCAUCAACAUGCUCUCAUCUCAUUGUGUCUAGAAUUCCUAAAGUCUUCUAUUGAAUUUGCUCAAGUAGCCUAUAAACUGAUUGAUUCUAAAGUAUGCCUUGACUUUAGUACAGUCGUAUUAGCCCAUAUUCUAAACAAACAUGCUCUGGCUUCACAAGAUGGUAUUGAACUCCUGAUUGCUUAUUCUCUCCUUUUAUAUGCAGGCAAAGAUGAACCUCGUUGGAUGGACUUUAUUUUACUUGAAUCCAUACAGAACAAAAGGAAUCGAUUGUUUGGCAAGAUCAUGACUGAAUUUCGCCUUGAGUUUUAUGCAUCGUACAAAUUACUGGGUGCAGCUUUUGGACUUUGUUUUGAAAUGUGUAAAUUGGCCAAGUUAGAGUCCAAUGAUUUAGAAUUAGUAGAUCGGUUGGUCGUCAAUCACUUGUUAGACUUGAUAGAAGAGACAAGGGAAGAUGCACAAGAGUCGUUCAAUUAUGAUGUCAUUCGAGUGAUAUUAGUGUUGAACGAACAAUACAUGAUGUCUGGCUUAAACCAAAACUUGGUGUUGGAUAGUUUAUCUGAACGUAUAGGCAGAUCAGACACAUUCAGUGCUAAUUUGAUCUUUAUGCUGAACAGAUCCAAUGAUGCUUGUGUUCAAAUGCUGAUUCUGAAAUUACUGUAUGGUGUAUUUACACGGCCUUGUUUGUAUGAAUACUUUUAUACAAAUGAUUUGUAUGUGUUGGUGGAUAUCACAUUAAGAGAAUUGUGUGAUUUGGGUGAUACAAAAGAAUCUCAACAUUUACGGGAUGCCUAUUUACGUGUGUUUGAACCUUUACUCGAGAAUACACAACUGCGUACAUGUCCCUACAAGAAACAAGAAACGUAUCGUAUCCUCAUCAGCCUACUUAACCCAGUCAUGGGAAGAAAAGUCAAUCCAACCACCAAACGACUUGUGAAGCGUAUCAUUCAAGAUUGGUGGGAGAAGCUAUGUGGAGGCAGUUUACCUUAUUACAGCGAUCAUGCAAGUUCUCCUAAUUUAUUACAUACAACAGCCUUGUCAUCUUCUUCUUCUUCUUCUUGUUCUUCAGGACCAACCACACCAGCCGAUGAAAAUAUGGUGGAUCAUGCAGUCAUCACACGUAAAGAAGUGAACAAAAAGCUGAAUGAGCAAAAAAAUACCACAACAGAGAUAAUUAUGUAAAUAAAAUAAUAAAAAUAGACUUUUUUUUUUAUAGUAUAUAGUACUGCCUUGUUUGCCUGUAUUUUGUACAUUGACUGGAUAUCUUUAUUGUUGAGUUCGAAUGGGCUAAUUUUUAUUUCAGUUGAAUACUGUUCUUACACUUCAACCUCAGAC